UUCUGGGAUCUCGUGCGGCCGUUUGAUUGAGUGGAUAGAAGUUGGAUGCGAGUUUCUGGUGAAUAAUUGUGGCUCAAAAUAUCGCAGAAACUUCGAGCAGAGGUGGUGAUGGGUCCCAGCGUGCUAAAUGUGAUUCGUGGGAACGAAUACUUUCGUCGGUCGGCUACCGAUGGGCGUACUUGUGCGCUGACCUAUUCUGUCCUCAAGAAUCUUCACAACCGGGCCGCGAAUGAAUAUGUCACCCGAAACAACGAGCAGGAAGAGUUGCCCCCACUGGCCUGUACCUACUUUCCAGAGCCAGACCUUCGUGACCUCCUGGCCAUCGCCGAUGAGGAUGGCAUGGUUCACCUGUUGCAGACAGGCCAGUCUGAUGUCCGCCUAUCCUUGAAGUCGUCAUGGCAGGCACACGAAAAUGCCAUCUUCGACGUGUGCCCAAGGCCCGGGCGGAGUCAUCUUACCACGGCUAGUGGGGACCUGUCGGUUCGCCUCUGGGACAUUGAGCAGCAGACCAGGGUGGCCAGCUUCCAAGGGCACAAGGGCAGCGUCAAGUGUGUCCGCUUCCUUCCAGAGCACGCUGAUGUAUUUGCAUCGGGGUCGAGAGACGGCAGCCUGAUGAUCUGGGACACUCGCUGCUCCGAUCCUCAGAUGAUCAUUCCUAGGGUACACUGCAAAGGAUGCGGAGCCACGCCUGUCCGGAAAAGAAAGCUCUCCGCCCUGGCAAUGCCGCCAUCAUCCUGUAGCGUGACUGCCUGCGAGUUUCGUAACGAGCACUACUUGGUGUCAUGUGGUGCCAGCAAUGGGGCAUUGAAGGUGUGGGACUUGCGGAAGAACUACCAGCUCUACAACAAUGAUCCUCGACCGGCCAUUUGCGUGCCCUACACGGGACGCAGCGCGGCCAUUCACGGCUACACCAGCAUCGUCUUGGACGUGUCACGGAGGCGGGCCUUUGCCAGCUGCACCGACCACCACAUAUACCAAUAUGACCUGCUGGCCAGCGACACUACGGAACCUCUGGCGGUUUAUAGCGGACACAGCACCCAUAGUUUCUACGUUAAGCUAGGUCUCAGCUCUGAUGGACGCUUCCUGGCCAGUGGCUCUUCGGACGCGUCAGCCUAUAUUUGGAAUGUGGACACACCUGGGUUUCCCCAACUGCGGCUUUCCGGCCACCGGGCAGAGGUGGCCGUACUUGCCUGGGACCCCUUCCACCCUGCCAGGCUGGCCACCUGUGGUGACGACAACCGGGUGCUUCUCUGGGAUGCGACAGCUGCGGAGGAGGCAGGCAGGGCGAUGAAGGACUGCACGCGCGCCGAAGUGUUCGCAGCUGCAGAGUGUACAGCAACACUGACUGGCGCAUCACCCAGUUCAGCCCGGCUUGUACCACCUCGCUAUUCGACGGCAGCGCCCGCACGCCGACGAGGACGAGCUCCUCCAUGGCCGACUGGUUCACACCGCCCACCAAGCGCAGGCUAACCAGUGCUGCCAGCAACACGCCCGGAUCUUCGGAGCACAGCACACGCUCCGAGAGUGUUGCUACGUCAUCGGGCGGCCAGUCGCCGUCACCUCCCGCCGACACCAUACUGUCCCCCAGGAAAAAAGCCGACAGUGCCGCAAACGUUCCGCAGCGGCGCCUGCUGCCCCGCCUAAAUGCCCUGGAAGACGACAUCAAGAAAGAUGAUGGUGCCACAGACGUGACAACGUGUGACCUGGAAAACAUACCACUGCAGGUGCAAGGAACGCCACCACGGCCCGUGGCACCUGACGCGACACCGUCCCCUCCGAGUGCAUCGCAUAGUCGGAAGCAGCACAAGAUCAUGGCCAGGCUCUUUAAGAGGCAGGCAUCCCCUGCCGUUGAC